UAGUGGUUGUGGUGGUUUAGUCAUAUCAGUAACAGACACGUCGGCGGGAAGGACGGAGGAGUGUGAGAGAGUGAGAGAAAGAGAGAGAGAGAGAGCAGGGAGAGAGAAAGAGUGAAUGACAGACAGAAAAGAAAUCCAAGUUGCAUAUAAAGAAAGAAAGAAAGAAAGGAGUGAUAAGGAAUUGAGAGGAAGAAAGAAAGAGAUGAAGAGAGAAAAACAACAAUGAAAAGUGUGUAAGUGAAAGAAAUAAGAGAAGUACAAAAAAUAUAAAGAAAGAAAGAAAGAAAAGGAGUAAUGAGGGAGUGACAGGAAGAAACAAGGAGAUUAAAAGAGAAAGAAAAACAACAACAAUGAAAAGUGUGUCAAAGAAAUAAGAGAAGUAGAAAAAAAAUGAUAAUAAUGAAAUGAAAUGAAAAAUAAGUGAAGAGAAAGUGACGUCAAACCAAGGAGGAAAAGGCAAAGGCAUAAAAAGUGGAGAUAAAAAAAAGAGAGUAAGAUAAAGAUAGAAAAGAAAGUAGGAAUGUAAAGUAAGCGAGGAAGGAACGAGUUUAGUAAAGAGGAAGGAAAAAAAGAAAAGAAAAAGAAAAUAAGAAAAUUGAGAGAAUACAGAGAAAAAAAAGUAACAAAAAAAGAAAAAAAGAAGAAAAAAAAGAAAUCUAAGAAAUGAAUGAGACUAAUCAAACUUUCUCUUUCUAAUUGAGACUGAUGAGAAAAGUGAGAGAGUGAGAGAGAGAGCGAGAGUGAGAGAAUAAGAUUAGAGACAGUGAGAGAGAGAGAGGGAACGAGAGGACAAAAGUGAGAUAGUGAUUGAGAGAGAGAGAGAGAGAGAGAGAUGGAGAACAGUGGAGGAGAAAGUGCAGCAUCGGAGGAGAACAAGGCAACUAUCUCCUUUCCUCCUCCUCCUCCUCUUCCUCCUCCUCCACCUCCUCCUCCACCUCCUCCUCCUCCUCUUACUUUAACUCCUCCUUCUCCACCUUCUUCACCUCUUUCCUCCUCUUCUCCUCCACUACCUCCACCUCCUCCCUCCGCACCGACUCCAACCAAUUUCUCCUCCUCCUCCUCUUCUUCCCCUCCUCCUCCUCCUCCUCCUCUUCUUCCUUCUUCUUCUUCUUCUUCUCAUCCUCCUCCAUCGUCGCUUAAUGCAGAAAAUGGAUAUCCACGAAGAAAACACUCCUCCGGGGACCUUCACUCGCGCCUCAAGACCCGCAAGAUCCUGGGUGUGGGGGAGACGGAUAAUGGUGACAUACACAGGUCCAAGAUUUCGCAGGUGCUGGGCCACAACGAGCACCUGUACGUCAAGCUCCCCCGCGGGUUUUGGUCCGCCCACGUGGCCAUGGGCGUGGGCGUGACCCUGGAGGCGGGGCUGCUGCUGCUCGCCCCCCGCCUCGCCUCGCGCCUGGGGGUGAUGCCCUUUGAUGAUGAUGACGAUGAUGACGACGAUAUCGAGGACACCACCGCCGCCCGUGUUGCUGGUGCGGCCCUGGCUGGCCUGUGUGUGUUCGUGUGGUCGCUGCUGGGCACCUCGGACAAGCACUACGCCCGCACCAUGCUGCUGUCGAUGCUGACCUACCACAUCCUUUCCAUCUGCGUGUCCGCCGCCGCCGCUCUCACCACCACAGAGACAGUGAUGACGACGAUGGACGGGCAGGAGGUACCCACAAGCCCCGGAGAAGGCGCUGCAGGGGCUGAGGAGGGCGGGGGAGGCGGAGGCGACGACGGGGGCCUGUUCGGGAGUCGCCUGGCCCUGUGCGUGAGCGUGCGCGCGCUGAUGUGUCUGGUCUGCCUCGCCUACUUCUACUCGAUCGCUGGAUAUGCUCCCAUACGAGGACAGAAACCUACGGGCUUCCGUCAACCCACCCACGGACACAAAGACCAGUAAGAGGGCGGGUGACGGGGGGCUGGAGGGGCUGGGGGUGGAGGUGGAGGAGAUGAAGGUGGAGGUGAGGUGGUUAGUUGGAGAUGUGGACUGAUAUGGAUGCUUUUUAUCUUCUGGUGGUUGCGUCUCCACUUGUACCCUUCUCACUCUCUCCCACCCCAGACUCCACCUCCAGCCCCUCCACCCCCAGUUCUUUAGCCCCCACCCCGCCCCCACCCUAUGGUCACAAGCUCUUCCCUCCCCUCCCCCUCACCCCCCACCCCCCUUCCAACCAGAGGAAUGGGUUUAGAGGGAGGACGGGAGGAGGAUGAAGAGGACUCGAUUCCAAGAUUGAGUCCAGGAAACCGAGAAUUGAAGCACAGACACACACACACACACACACACACACACACACACACACACACACACACACACACACACACACACACACACACACACACACACACACACACACACACACACACACACACACACACUCUUCGUCCCUCAGCACUCAAAUCAAAUACUGCACUUCAUUCCGUCUGUGAACCUUAAAGAAAAGAGGAAGAAGAAGAAAAGAAAAAGAAAACAAGAGAAGAAGAGGAAGAAGAAGAAAAGGGAGAAGAAAGAGAGAAAAAAACGUCUCUACAAAUGCAUGAUACUUGAAUGAUCAUAAACUAAAUGUAUAUUGAAGAUUGUCAUGUACGUGUGUAUGUAUGUAUGUAUGUAUGUAUGUAUGUAUGUAGGCACACUUGAUGUUCAUGUGUAAAGACUUGAAUUUGGUAAGAAGAAGAGAAGGAGAGAGAGAUAGAGAGAGAGGGGAGAGAAAGAGAGAGAGAGAGAGAGGGAGGGAGAGAAACACGAUCCCUCUCUCCCUCUCUCCUCUCAUAAAUGUUUCAUGCCCUUAAAUGUAUCACCUCCUCCUCUCUCCUCCUCCUCCUCCUCCUCCUCUUCCUCCUCCUCCUUCUAUGGGGGGGCAAGCGAAGGACUGUUUGUGUUGCUACAGUUGGCACCCGCAAUGUGUUGAGGCCCACUGUAGAGGCUUGUUUGUGUUGUGUGUGUGUUGCGUGUGUGUGUGUGUGUGUGUGUGUGUGUGUGUGUGUGUGUGUGUGUGUGUGUUGCUUGAGAAAUAAUGAUGACACGGUUACUGAGAGAGAGAGAGAGAGAGAGAGAGAGAGAGAGAAUGUUUGUAUGUGCGUUCGUCAGUGUGUUCCAUGUUCAACACCUUCACGCUCGUCUGUGCACCAUCACCUUCAUCUUCACCUUCCCUUCACUAUCAUCACCUUCAUCACCUUCCUUCGUUCACACUGUUCUUCCCUCCUUCUUCUUCCUCCUUCCUUUCCCUGUCCUUUCUUUGGUUUGGAAUGAAGACAGACAAAAAAAAAGAUAAAAAAAGGCGAAGAUAAAGAAAACAGUAAAGAAAAAAAAAAGAAUUCUCCGUUCCUUGCUUACUUGCUAAAUUUGGAAGAGGAGGAGGAGUAAGAGGAGUAGGAAGAGGAGGAGGAGGAAGAGAAGUGUGUGGAGUAGGUGGAGUAGUAAAACCAUAUAGAGGAGGAAGAAUAGUGGUAGGAAAGCAGGAGGAGGAGGAAGCGGAAUGGUAGAAGCAGGAAGAAGAAGAGUAGGAGGAUAAGCAGGAGAACCAGGAUUAGCAGUAUAAGAAGCAGGUGGAGGAGGUGAAUGAAGGGAAUAUGUGGGUGUAUGUGGAGGUGGAGGAAGAAGAAGGUAAGAGAAUGAGGAGGGGGAGGAGGACAGAAAAAAGAGAAUGAAUGUGUGUGGAGGGUUGCAAUGUUUGGUAAGAAAAAUAAGAGAGAAUGAUGGGAAGAUGGGAAGAUGCUGGAGAGAGGGAGAGAGAGAGAGGUGAGUGGGUGGGUGGUGGGUGUCUGUGUGGGUGUGUCGGGCGGUGGGUGGUGGGUGUGUGGGUGGUGAGGGCAGCCUUCGUGUUGUGGAGCACACACACACACACACACACACACACACACACACACACCGGCGCUUGUUUCUGCAUCUUCGCGUCCUUCGCUUCUCGCGGCAACACCCGCGGCGCCGCGUCUCGCCCGGCGGCGCCCCGCGCGUGCCGCCACCGUGUGCCGCGACGCCGCCGCCGCCGCUUGGCCGCCGCCCUUCGCUGUCUCUUCCCUGCAAAUUGGACAAGUCAUAUAUAAAGUUUAUAUUCCGGUAUUUGUAUCGCUAGCGUUAAGGAGGAAUCCCUCACUACAAGUAAUGAUAAUGAUGAUACUACUUAUAAUAUUACAACUGUUUGGUAGCUUGGUAUGUACACGCCUCUUAAUAACCUUCAUUACGAUAUAUAUAUACGUGUUUGCGUCACAGUUAUCCCGUAGCGUAGCCGUAGCUUAGGACCAGCGAGUGUGUAGCGCCACGCGGCCUGGCGCGGCCCGCGCCAGGCCGCCCCGAGGCGCCCGGAGGUGAGGCGCAGCCCCCCGCCCCCCGCCACGCCCCCUGCCUGCCGCGGGGGUUGAGGCAGAGGGGGUGCUGGGGGGGCGGGGGUCCAGGGGGAGCCGCUGCGCCGCGAAGUAAUACUGAGCCCUUUACAGUGAGCCCCGCGCGGCCACGCACACACCUCGGCACGAUGUACAUAGCGCGCGUAAUUAUAUAGAUAUGUUAAGUAUAGCGGUGUUUAGGAACAUAAUUAUAUAAUUACCGAGGAGGAGGAAGAAGACAAGGAGGAGGAGGAGGAGGAGGAGCCACUACUAGCCUGCCGUAGCCCGGCGAGACGUAGCACUUCACCGAUUAUGCAAACCCUGGGAACACUGAGCGACCCGCCGCCCCGCCCGCCGCCCGCUGCCCGACCCUCCUGUUGCCCCGCCCCGCGCCACACGUCCCGCGCCGCGCCCCGCACACGCCACCACGCGGGCUGCCGUGCACUUGUCACCACGCCGCACAGGUCAAACCUCGUCCAGGUGUUCGCGUUCUCUCCCUUCCCUUCGCCUCUUAACCUUCUGUGGCGCGGGGCGAGACAAACCUCGGUGCUGCCCCCACGCUCCUGCUGCUGCUACUGUUACUACUACUACUACUACUACUACUACUACUACUACUACUACUACUACCACCACUGCUACUGCUGCUUUGUUACUGCUGCUGCUGCUGUCGGUGGUGGUCAGGUGCCAUCCUUCCUACCUGCUUACCUGGACUCUUAAUCAAUGGAUCUUCAGUGCCUUUGACGAUCACCUUCCUCUCAUUAGCUACCCGCCACUCACCUGCCCUCCCGUGUGAAGUCCUUGAUGAGGCAGACAACAGGUGCACAGGUGAACAUUCGUGUGCUGCUUACCUGUACAGCUCGUUCAUUUGUUUGUUUCAUUCGUUACUUUCUUCAUCCCUUCUCGUGGAGUCGCUUGCUUGCUUGGCCGACUCUCCACGCUGGGGACAGACAGACGCAGAGGAGGACAGAGGGAGAGAGGAGGAGUGGGAAGGAUAGGAGACAAGACAGUAGGGAUUCUGGUGAUGUGAAGGUUGUUGCCAUUGGGGUUAGAGAGGGAUGGAGUGGGAAAGAGAGCAUGUAGGAGAGUAGGGAUGCUGGCGGUGACGUGAAGGAGAAGUGGGAGAGAGAGGAGGUGGUAGUGAUGCUGGUGACACAUGAAGGUGGAGUAGGAGAAAGAAGAUGAGAUAGAGUGGAUGCUUGUGAUGGCGUGAGAGUUGUUGUCAGGGAUCGGUAAUGGUCUAGGAAGGAUAGGGUGAGUCUGGGGGGGAGGGGAGUUAGUGGGUGAGUGAGUGAGUGUGUGUGAGUGAAAAUGUGAGUAAUAGUUUAACGAAUGGGCGUGUAAGUGAGUGAUUGAAUAGAUAGGAAAGUAAAUGAAUGAGUGCGUAAAUAAAGGAUUGGGUAACAGAUGAAUUGAGAGGGUUAAUGAGUGACAGAAAAAUGUUUGAAUCGAGAGGAGAGAUGAGUAGUCGGUGAGUGAAUGAAUAAACCUCCCAUCCCUUACCUGGCUUCCUCUUAUCCUGUCUAAUUAGGCCGACAGGUGGACGGCUCUCAGGUGUCCCCAGGUAGGCUCUGUACAGGUUAGCCAUGGGACACUAACAGGAGGUAGAGAAAGGGAAAGUAACAACACCUGCAUAUUAUUUUUUCUCAAUCAACUAGACAAUGAAAACGAUCACCCAGAAAACCUAAAGACGGGAAGAAUAAAGAAAAUAAAGAAAGACAUUACCAGAUUUAUUUUCGCACACAUUAACCACAGAACACAAACAGGAAAACAGGAGAUAGCGUGAAAGGAACAGCAACACACACCUGCUUAUCAUUAUAUCCUCAAAACAACCAGACUAUGCAAACGAGCGGAACGUGAAAUAAAAGCAAAUGAAGAAAAUCUAAGAAGACACUACCAGACCAUUUUCUUAUUCAACUACUAGAAGAGGAAGAAAACUUGAGUCGCAGGGGAGACUUAACCAGAAACCCAAGAAGUGAGGAAGAUAGAGGGAGCAGAUAAGGAGGGAUAGACAAGGAUAUAUUAACGAGACCAUGAAGUAAGGAGGUUAGUAGUUGCCCAUAUACAAGAAUACAGUUAUAUUAAGGAAUUACAUAAGGCCAGGUAGCUUACACGUGGCAGCUUCUGAAGACUACCUAUUUGCACACCUUUUGCUCUUCGAAGACUAGCAAGCUAUUCACCAUUUUUCACCUCCAUUCAUAUAUGUAUCUAGGGACCUUGUGUAUCAUCAGACUAUACGGGAAUGAGUCCUUGUCAUGAUCAGUUGUGUUUAAAUGGAGUUAGUAGGUGAUUAAUAAGGUUUUCCAGGUGUUUAAAUUAUUACAUCAGUCAUACCUAGAGAGGAUAGGGUAGAACACACACACACACACACACACACACACACACACACACACACACACACACACACACACACACACACACACACACACACACACACCAGAGGAUCAAUGGAGAGGUGAUAAUAAUUGACAGGAGAGGAGGAGGAGGAGGAGGGGCAGGAGGUGGAGGGGAGGUAGAGGGGGAGAGGAGGAAGGAAGAGACAGAGAAAAGCUAAAUCAUAUGGAAGGUGUGUGUGUGUGUGUGUGUGUAUGUAUGUGUGUGGUUAUAUUCCCACGUAAAAGUAUAUUGGUUCUCUCUCUCUCUCUCUCUCUCUCUCUCUCUCUCUCUCUCUCUCUCUCUCAUCAUCGGAACGCGAAAAAAACACGUUAAUAAUCGAAAAAAAUAACAACUAACAAAAAUAACAACAGUAACGUCUAUCACAACUUUUCGUCAUCAAAUUCAAACAAAACAAAAAACGAAGCAAAAGGAAGAAAAAAAAACUUACAAUCGGGAAAAAAAUUCGAUGUAGUCUUCAUCUUCUUAACAACUUCAUCAUCCGUCUUAUUUUCUUCAUCCGUUUCUUAUCAUCCGUCUUGUCAUCCAUCUCUAACUUCAUCUGUCUCUCCUAUCUUCAUUUUUCUUUCCUCAUUUCUCUCCUCAUCCAUUUCUAUCAUCAUCCGUCUCUUCAUCCUCCUCUUCACUAUCUUUUCAUCCUUCUCUUUCAUCCAGCUCUUCCCUCAUCCGUUUCUUUCAUCAUCCGUCUGUUUCUUUCGCUAUCCAUCUCCUUCUGCGUCCGUGCCUCCUCACCCACCUCCAUUCACUCACUCACCCACCCACUCACCCAUCUGCAUCAUCCGCUGGGAGACAAAAAAAAAACAAAUCUGUAACCUGACUAGCCAUAACAAUCUAAGGUAGGCCUUGUGACAUAGCUGAUUAUACAUAUAUAUGAAUACAUUAAUAAAAAUACACUACUAAAUAUAUAUAUGUAUGUGUAUGUAUGUAUGUAUGUGUGUAGAGAGACAAGAAGAAGAAAAUAAAAAUAUAUAUAAAAAUAAAUAGUAUAUAUAUAUUGAGUGUUUUUCACGGUUGUUUGUGUUUGUGGUUGUUUAGGUGUGUGUGUGUGUGUGUGUGUGUGUGUGUGUGUGUGUGUGUGUGUGUGUGUGUGUGUGUGUGACUUCAGUUUACAUAAUAGACCUUAUUACCACAUACAUAGAGCUUUUAUUGCUAUAUUGUUGUCAUUUUUUCCAAGAGGUGUUAUAUGUGUGUGUGUGUGUGUGUGUGUGUGUGUGUGUGUGUGUGUGUGUACGUCUUAGUUACAGUGAUAAAUAUUGAGAGGUAUUAGUAACAUUACUAUUUUUACUGUUGCUAACUUUAUUACGACCACAUCUACGACAUCACUACUACUACUACUACUACUACUACUAUUUCAUGUUCUACCACCACCUUCACUAUACGACCAUUCCUACUACUACUACUACUACUACUACUAUUACCACCACAACAACUACUACGAUGACCACUACCAUUCCUUCCUCUCACGAUCACUCAGUAGGAAUAUUAAAGAUUGUAUUCCCGUCAUAGCGAGUGUGUAUGUUCGUACGUAUGUUCGUUCGUUCGUUCGUUCGUUCGAUUGCUUGUUUGUUUGUUUGUUUGUCACGUGUCUCAGUCAGCUGUUAGCGUCUCUCACCAACAACAAACAAAUUUCUGCAGGCGUGAGAAAAGUUGUAUAAGCAAACAAACAAGAAGAACAAAAAUAAUAAUAAUAAUAAUAAUAAUAAUAAUAAUAAUAAUAAUAAUAAUAAUAAUAAUCACGAAAAACACACACAACACACACUGACUUAGCUAGAAUUUGUAAUCACGCGUAUGUAUGUAUGUAUGUAUGUAUGUAAUUGGUGUUUUUUUUUCGUUUUUUUUCGUUUAUUUUGCUAUUUUUCGUUUUUUUUUUUUCUUUACCUUUCGCUUUUUGUUUAUUUUUUGUUUAAUUUUCGUUUUUUUUUUAUUUCUCAGUUUUCGUUUAUUUGUUGUUUAUUGUUCGUUGUUCUUCCUUUUAUUUUGUUUAUUUUUUUAUUGUGGUUCUUGUUUUUUUGUUUUUAUUUGUUUCUUUUUUUUCCUACUUUUUGUCAUAUAUUCCUGUUUUUGUUUGUUUUUGUUCACGUUUAUUUCUAUCUUUUUUUUCUCCUACGUUAUAAUUUUUUUGUUUAUUUCUUUUAUUAUAAUUAUUCUUUUCUACUCUGUUACAUAUUUAUUUUUAUGUGUUUUAUCUAAAUUAGUUUUUUUUUUUAUCCAUCAAAGUUUUUUUCUUUCUCCCUCUUCUAACCCUCUUCUCCUCUUCUUUCUCUUCCCACUUUCUCACUUCUCCCUUUUUUUCUCUCCCUCAACCAGCUUCCAUUUUCUUUUAUCUAUUAUUAUCUUUUACCUCCAUUGUUAUUUUUUGUGUGUGAAUCACGUUUUUAUAUAUUACCGCUAUUAUUAUUAUUAUUAUUAUUAUUAUUAUUAUUAUUAUUAUUAUUAUUAUUAUUAUUAUUAUUAUUAUUAUUAUUAUUAUUAUUAUUAUUAUCUACUUACUUUUGCUGAUACCGGGUUUUUUUCUUCUUUUUAUAUUCUUUUCUUUUUUUCGAUUUUUUUCUCGUUUUUUCGCUUUCUCGUUUUUUAUCGUUUUUUCGUUUUCUCGUUUUUUUCGUUUCUUUUCGGUUUUUUUUUUCUAUCAUCCAGGAGGGGCGCCGUUUUUUCCACACUCCCAAACAUAGGUGGGUUUUAGACCUCUUGUAGAUUUGCCAGAAUAAAGACUUAAAGAAAAACACACAUCUAUUCUA